AUGAUUCCCAUCCAAACUCGCCUUCGCGACAUGUCGCUACCAAAGGCCGCGGCACCUAUUGCCAGCACGGAUCCCGCACAGGUCACUUUCAAUUGGAGUGGCAGCUCUUUCGAGUCAUCUCCCAUGUCAAGUCCAUUUGCUCCUCCACCAACACCAUGCGACUCUCUGCUCGACAUUCACCCACGCAAGUCUUCAUUCUCCAGUGAGAUGGGCGCCGCCUACGCCUUCCCAUCCUGGCCAAACCGACCCUCUCUCUCCAGCAACGGCUCUACAGACUCUAAUGCAAGCUCCUAUCUCACUGACGAUGACCUGCUCUGGAUGCCUGAAAACGCCGGCACUGAGCAAGCGGUGGAAGAGGCUACCAACAUGGAUGCCGAGCUCGCCCAUUCUAUCACCCUGGAGCAACAACUCCAACGCAUUCGCGCCGCAGCUGCCGAAGAAGAGGCUCGCGCCAACUUCCUUGCUCGCGUCGAUGCCCAUGCUCGCGCAACACACGCAUUGCGCUUGGCCAAGGUGACUGUGACUCCGACAGUGAAUGUCAACGAGCGCGAUAACUCAAAGCGCAAGAAGCGUCGGGCAGUUCACAGCCCUAAGCGACGCGCUCACUCGGCUUCCAAGGUCUUGUCUGCCUAA